AGGAGCCGACUUCUGUUGUGUUACGUUGUAUUUAUAUAAAUAUAUAUUGCAUGAUUUAGAAUAAUUUAAACAUAAAAAUCUUGUUACAAUAGGACAUUUUGAAGGCUAGUUUUGUUUAUAAACACGUGCAAGUGCACGCUUCAAAGAAGCCGGUGGUCUUUGUUUUUCUGAUUUAAAAGAAUAAAUGUCAUUCAGUUAAGUAUGCUUAACCUCAAAGAGAAAGAUCGGCCAAUCAUAAGAAAGCUGUUGGCUGCCGGAUGCUGCGCGAGAUGCGUCUUACGCUUCUGCUGUGUGGGAACCUGCUCCUCAUAUAGACAAUCCCACGGGGACUUACACAAAGAGCUUCUCACUUUCAUCCGGGAAGAAAACUGCCAGCAAUCCCAUGAUGCCUCUGGUCAGGGUGAGACAGAAGAUCCACCAAACAAACGCAUGAAAGUGGAGGACGAUAUCAGCGCAGAUGAUUCGAUCACUUCAGGAGAACCUCAAACAGACUCGGACAUUUGUCCGAUCUGUCUUGGAGUACUGCAGGAGUUUUGUGAUCCCACUUUUGUCAAACAGGUGUCAGAUGCUGUAAAAAAAGAGCAGUACUUGUUUGAAAGUCUCGUGCUGACUGUUUCUUUGCCUGCUCAGCUGUCUGUCAGAGAGCAUUCUUGUUGGUUGCAUGUCAAGCAGGAAGUCAGGCAAAAGAGCAUGUGUUUGGGGAAAGAUGAUGUCAUUCAGGUAAAGGAUGCGUUCAAGUGGGCGAUACAAGGAAAGAUCUGUCAGGAACUGGGAGCUGCUGUGCUGGCCAAUAGUCCGUUUGAAGUGAGCGUUGGCUUUACGCACCCAGAAACUGAAGAGGAUUGUCAUUUCCUGGCAACCACAUGUCCGGACUGUUUUAAACCCACCAAAAACAAAGCGUCCAUCUUCACCAGGAUGGCAGUGGUCAAAGCUUUGGAGAAGAUCUCUGAUGAGAAGUUUACCAAGCAUUACCCCAGUCCACCAAAGAAACCAAGCUCUAAAUGUACAGCCCUGGACACCACAUGUCUUCACACAUCUAUCUUUAUAGCAGGUCGAUAUAAUAAGUUUUCGAGAGAGCUUCCUCAGACGCCAUGGGUGAUCGACGGAGAAAGACGUAUGGAUGGAUCUGUGGAGGAACUCAUUGCUGCUCCUUUGCUGUCCUCAUUCAGAGCUGACGGUUUUAACUUCUCAUCAUCAGGACGAGAGGACGUGGACGUGAGAACUCUGGGAAAUGGUCGACCCUUCGCUAUGGAGCUGCUGAACCCUCAUAGAGUGAAAUUUAACAGAACUGAGAUCAAGCAAAUGCAAGAGACAAUCAAUCAGUCAUCUGACAAAAUACGAGUACGAGACCUCCAGAUCGUCACUAGGGAAGCGACAAGUCGCAUGAAAGAAGGUGAGGAGGAGAAGACGAAGACCUACAGCGCCCUCAUUUGGACACAGAAAACCAUUUCCAACACCGACCUGGAAUUUCUGGGGAACACCAAGAACUUGAAGAUCGCUCAGAAGACUCCACUGCGAGUUCUUCAUCGCCGCCCGCUGGCGGUCCGACAGAGAGUCAUACACUCAAUGAGUGCCACUUACCUGGACACGCACCACUUCACCUUAAAACUCUGUACACAGGCCGGGACUUACAUUAAAGAGUUUGUGCAUGGAGAUUUUGGUCGUACCAAACCCAACCUCUGUGACCUCAUGAAGACUGACGCAGAUAUUCUGGAGCUCGAUGUUGAGUCUGUAGAUAUUGAUUGGCCUCCUCAGAUUCCAGAUUGACGUUGGCGACUUUAACCAAAGGUUAUGGAAAAGUUUUGGAGUUGAUCUUAAGCUUUACAGUGUUAAUAAAAACCUCUAUUGUUGCA